CGAAUAAGUACGCUUCAGUCGCUAGAGAGCGCUUUUCGUGAUUACUACGCGUCUUUGCGCAACUCCGUGGGGCCGCCAGCUCGCGCACGUAUCGCCCGUGUACGGCAUCGAACACGUAACUGCGCAAUCGUACCCCGCACGUCCUUCCGGACUCGGGUGGGCCACGCGCGUGCCUUGACAGUCGCGCGUUUGGCGGGAAACGACGCGAGGCCUGUGUAUUUACGUGAUUAUUUACGCGGUGUCAAAGGCGAACUCGGCGAUUCCCCCACCGCGGAUCGACAUAUUGCUGCGGGCCGUGUGCAAUAGCGGUUUUCUAUGGAAUUUUCUCGCGUCAAGACGACCGAUUGCGUUAUCGCGUCUCGGAUAUACGCAUCAAUACUGUGUCGUGUGUGAGUACGGGGAGAAAGAGAGAGAGAGAGAGAGAGAGAGAUACUUGGAGAGAAGGAACAAAGAGCGAAGAUCUGCCCGCGACGCAAGACGAUUGCCGACGGUGGACCACGAAAUUCGCGCGGGACACGUCGUAACACGCUCUCUCGCCGUCGCUCGGAUACUCACGCGCAAGUGCGGUCACGCAACGUUGCCGGAUCGUCGUUCUCCCACAGACUACGACUACGCCGAAGGAAUCUUCCGUGUCGCAGGGAGAGUGCGUCGAUAGUGUGACUAGAGUCCCGUGUAUUUUUCGCGUCGGGACGCGAGGAGCGUCUUUACAGUGACUCUGACGGACAGUUUCGUCUCGGUGCACCGAGAAUCAAGCGCAUGAGGGGGGGGGAGAGUUUGUUUUCGCCGCCGCUAUCUCUGUCUGGCACAUAGUAACCGUGCCCAUCGUGUUGCCAAGCGCGGCUGCUAUUUGCCGUCGCACGCAUAGCCGUGUGAUACAGGCUCUUUCCCACAGAAGUCGACCUCGGAUAUCAUCGUCCUCGUCACCUAUCUUCUCGACGAGCAUGAGCGUCGACGUGAGUCGCGCGACCACCGCAACGUCAAGUCCGUGAAUCCGUGCGCGAAGCGGGAGACUUGGUCAACGCUCAGCAGCAACGCGGCCAUUAUUCGAAAUUCGGUGGGUCGCGCCACGGAUCGCGGCGUUGCCAUAUAUCCCGUCCACAGUGCGUAGCCGCGAUUCCAACGUCCCGCGACGACGGCGGCAACGACGAUUCCUGGAAGGAGUCAUCGUCAUCCCCAAUGCGUCACGGCCAUUGCUAGAAGAGAAACUAUCGCGUAGCUCGCAAAUCGAUAGCGCGCUGAAAAAACACGGAGAGAGAGCGAGAGACGUAAAGGGGAAAAGAGAAAAAAAUAGUAAAAGACAGUAGUGUGUAUGUGUGUGCGCUCGAGCGUACGUUCCUGCCUUUGAAAUCUCUCCACGCCCGGAUUUUGGUGUUAUUUGUUUUCGCGUGCGUACGUUUGGCGCGCAGUGAGAGAGAGAGAGAGAGAGAGAGGGAGAAACGGCGCGCGAGCGUUUGCCGUUGUGGAGCGCGGUGGCGAUAGAGCGCGACGAAAUAUGAGCGCACGAGUACUGAACCCGGUGAUGAUGACGGAAAUAAGCAGGAAUCUAGGCGGUGGCGAUGGCGGUGGUGGACGAGCGGCACCGAGCAGGGCCGCGCUCGCCCGCGUCCGACGCGAUCUCUUCGGGCCGGUGGACCACGCGGCGGCCCGUGCUCUCGCCGAGCGCGAGUUGCACGCCCAAUCGCUCCUCGACGCCGAUCGAUGGGGCUUCGAAUUCAAGCUGGGAAUACCGCGGGAGAACUCGCGCUACGAAUGGGAAGAGAUGACGGAGAACGACGUCGUGCCCGAGCCCUACGCCCUGCGCGGGAUGCCCUAUCUGAGAAAACACGCGCCCGGCACGCCGCGUAAAUUGCGCGUCGACGACGACGCGUCAACGACAACCACCGUCGCGGCGACGUCGCCGACGACAUUGCUGACGACGAUGAUAAGUACGAUGACUACGACGACGACGACGACGACGACCACGAGGAUUCUCGAGCAGAUGGAGACGCCGAUGUGCGCCACGCCGACGGCCGAGAGAACGCCGCCGCAAGAGCCCAGGGUGCCCGAGAUCGGCGAGGCUACGAUGCCCAAUCAGCUGUUGGACGCCAACGCCAAGUGGAAGAGGUGCGCGGUAGAGCCGACCACCCCCGUUCUACCCUCUGUCGCGAGAAAGCAAUCCACGAUCACCGACUUCAUGAAGAGUCGUAAGCGCGGCUUGAACGGCACCACAAAGAGUAUGAUAGAGCCGCCGGAGAAGAUCGCCCGUAACGCGGGUCAGAUACGCAGCUAAAAUCUUUCAGCUUUCUUGUUCAAACCUUGCCGUCUUCUUCCAUUUCGUUUGUGCGCGACGUGAAACAAUACCAGAAGCGGGAAAUAGCAUCGCCGAGAGGAAUAACGGAGAAAGGGGAACUCCGGCAGGAGGCGCGAGGUUUGCGUUGGCUGUGCCAUUCAUAUAGUUUUAUCUACCAUGAGUGCAGGCGAAACAGGUCGAGAGAUAGAUGAAUUAAAAAGAAAAAAAAAAAAUGAAUAAAAAAAAAUCAAGAAAUAGAAAAUAACAUCAUUUUUCAUCAUGUACAUCUUUGUCUGUAAUUCACUGCUUUGUAAUAUCGCGGUUUACGAGAACAAUAGUAACAGCGAGGAAAGGCGCGAGACGAGGAAAACAGAAAGAUUAGAUAAAUAGAAGAAAAGUUAAAAAGGGAGAACGCGCUUGUGGAUGGAAGAAGAGAGAGAAUAUAACUCUCGUCGCUAUUUUUUUAUGAAACAUGUCAUAUCUUCUUUUGUAUUAGGAUAAGAAUAAGUAAUAUUAAGAAGAAUAUAAAAAUUAGAUUGUAGAUAGAGUAAUGAUUUGUGUCCAAAUUAAUUAAUGUAAUAUAUUCUACGUUUGUUUUUCUGAGACAUUCAUAGAAAAAUCUUUAAACGAUGUCGUUACACACAAAAACACGCUAUAAGAAAAAGAGAAGAGCUACGAAAUACACGCAAGUUUAGAUUAUUCAUAAGGAUUAGUUUAUUAGCUUCUAAGAUAUAGAGCAGAGUAUAUCGCGCGUAUUCAUUGGAUUGAAAGAAUCGGAUGUCUGAGCUGGUCCAUGGAUUUUUGGGACUCGUGACUGCUGUUUCAAUUUCCCCAAGUAUUCAGCGACGGAUUUUCUUUUGCUAAAUAACUGGGGAGAUUUUAGAAUCUUUUUAGGAAGCAGAUCUUCGCAAUAGAUAUUACGCCAAUUUCGAUGCCGCAUUCUUGAAACGCGCGCAAUAUCGAAGCGACUUAAAAUUUCCAAAUUAAUUUUCAUAAAUAUAUGUUUUGAAUUUUCUCGACUUGGACAUGGUUUUGCGAAAAUAUGAGGAGAAGCUCAAAAGGGCGGUUGCGAAUCCGUAUCAGAAUGCGACCAGCUUUAAGAAAGAAGAUAAACAUGAUUUAGCUAUAGUUCGUUACCCAAGUUUAAGCAUUGAUCUCCUGUACGAUUUUAAGAAAGUACAGCCGAUGCCAAAUCACCCUACGAUUUUUUUCUUCUCUACCUACUUAAAAAAAAAAAAAAAAA